AUGAGACGCCCGUGUGACGGCGUGGAGUGUGGGUUAGACGCUUCUUGCCGUGCUGUCUCUGAUAUUGUUACCGUGUGCGACUGCACCAAGCAAGGGUAUUUCUUCAACGAGGCUAACAAGACGUGCUUUGCCCCGGGGGUGCGGACGACGGUGGCACUGCAAGCAAGUGGCAACAGCGCCGUGGGUCAGAGGAACGCCACCUUCUUCACGCGGCUGCCGGCAGAGCAGGCCACUGGCGCCACCGCAUGCAACAACCUGUACGCCAUUCUCAGCGGCAGCACCAACAUCACCGUCGUGUGGAAUACCACAGAAGCCGUGCCUGGCAGCCUCCCGCUUGGCAACGCCAUGUGCAGGAACGUGUCGUUUUACGGCGGGUGGGACUGCAUGGAGAAGCUGAAUUUUACCAUCACACGUCCUGCAAAGAAGGGCAGUGCCUACCCCGUCACGAAGAGGACUGUCCAAGGAGUCACUUCGCUGCGAUCAGUUGGAUGCGAGAUCACCACAUGUCACAAGGAUUGCGGAGCUGCCGCGUGCGUUCUGUAUAAUGGCAACCCACGGUGCCAGUGCCCCGCGGGCCGCGUGUUCAACGCAGCCAAGAAGCGCUGCCGCU